AUGUGCGACUCCCAGGCGGAGGCGGUGUGCGCUGGGGCCCCAGCCCCGCCUCUGGCCAAACCCCGUGUGAUCCCCGCGCGGGACCCACCCACGCUCCAACUCGCCAGAUGGUACGCCGCCACCAUUCCCACCAGCCAUGGUGGCAUCCUCACCAGGGCGCUGGCCGGCCCGUGUCCCCUGACAGCCCUACACCAUGUGAAACGCAUCCGGCGGCAUCCCCAGGAUGCAGCUGCCCUGCAGAUCCUGGUGUGCCCCGUCCCCGACGGCGAGGGCUUGCCGGAGGGGGUGAGUGCCAUUGUACAGGAGCACUCCCUGUCUCUGAGUGAGGUGGGGGUGCCCGAGCUGGCGCCGGCGACGCGCGCCGACUGGGCGGGGUGGGGCGCACACUGGCCGCUGACCUGGCGCGCGCCGGACCCGCAGCUGCAGCCUGAGCACGUCGCCCUGGACCCCGCGGAGGAGACCGCCAUGAGGCAGCACCUGGCGGCGGUGGUGGUGCGGGCCGACGCUUGCGGCGCCAAUGUCUGCGCCGUGGUCGACCCCUUCACAGGCGCGUUUGUGGACAAGGUGCUGGCCUGCUGCACUGCUGCGCCCGACGUGCACCCGCUGCAGCACGCUGUCAUGCUGGCGGUGGAGGCCGUGGCAGCGGGGCAGAGGGCCCGCCUGCAGCAGGAGGAGGGCGGCUCAGCACAGGAUGGGUGCCCCAAGCGCCCGCGUCUAGCUGAGGACAUCAUGCUGCACGGCGCUCCUUGUCCCUACCUCUGCACCGGCUACGAUGUUUACCUGGCGGUGGAGCCGUGCAUCAUGUGUGCCAUGGCCCUGGUGCACAGUAGGGCGCGCCGCGUCAUCUUCUGCGACGCGGACGCGGCGGGCGGCGCUCUCGGGGGUACAGGCGGGCUGCGGCUGCAGGCGGAGCGCAGCCUGAACCACCACUACCAUGUCUACCACCUUGCUCGUGCCUGUGGGCAUGCCUAG